GGAAGCUGGCACCAUCUCCCCUUGGGAGUGUCAACUCUGCCUUGAGAGUUAUGAUGAGACACACAGACGGCCACGCUCUCUAUACUGUGGCCAUCCAUUCUGCUCACCCUGCAUCACCAGCUUGAUUGAUAAUGGUCAGCUCACAUGUCCCACCUGUCGUGUCGUUCAUAAAGUUACCAGAAAUACUGAAUUUCCCAUCAACUUUGGCAUGGAGGAUGUUUUUAGAUCAUUAAAGUCUCUGCAGGUUACACCUGUAGUAACAGCUAAACCUGUCCAAGACCCAUCAAGAGCCAUCAGCAAGAACCUACAAGCUCUGAUGCUGGAACAGGAAAAUGAUAUGAAGAGCCGUGAUCCCAUCUGCCAAGAUUUAUUGCAACAGAUGGAUGAGUAUGAUGCUGAGUUGGUAAAAUCCCAGAAAGAUCAUGAACAAAUUCUUACAAGAUUGAAUAGUUUAGUUAAACAGAACAAGCUAGCAUUACAACUCCAGCAGGAGCAAAGGAAUAUUAUACAAACUAUGAGGAAAGAUUUUGAAGAGCAGAGAAAGCAACGAAACACCAUACAGGAGUGCAUGACCUCGGUCAGCACUACUCAGGAAGCUCUCACUGCUGUCGAGGAUCUGCUAAGCUGCUUAACAGGGAUGAAAAACUGGAUUCAAAAGUGUCAGGAGCUGUUUCCUGAUGUUAAAGCUAUUCACACAUCAAUGAAGGU